UUGGCUGUYGAUCUUCGAUCACUGUUCACUUUAAGUCAACCGCUGUUACCGUAAGGCAUUUUCAGGCUUCUUCGCGACACUUCUUCCAUCUCCUUCGAUGCUUUCCGAAACGUUAUAUGCAAAUCGUCGUUUUUAGUCUUUUAUUACAACCGUCCAAUCGGCACUUAAACUUCAACAUCGUUAAAGAAGAGGACCCGACCACUGCUUUAUUAUUUAUAUUGCGCCGCGAUCAACAUAAUAUUAUCCUUUUAAAAAUAUUACAUUUUAAUUUCUCAAUAUCUGUUUGAUCAUCGUCGUAUUUUUCCAUUGGCAUUUUUCUGGAGCACAAGGAUUUAAAUUUAAAAACUGUAAAAUUUCUGAAUGAAAAUGGAAAUGUAUUGUGCACCUCAAAACAAUGUUUUAUACUGCGAUUACUACACGCAUACACCUGUACCUCGAUAUCCAUCACCAUAUUCUCAAUCGUCAUAUAUGUCCAGCACAUCUAGUUAUUCGCAAUCAUCAUUUUCACCAGUGUCAUCGCCCUACACUCCACCAUCACAGACUUCUGAUUCAUUUGUAAAUGGAAGUGAUAAUGUAUUCAAAUUUCCUUCAAUAAUUAGAGACCAAUAUAUUCCUACACGUGAAGAUUUGAUAAGCGCUGCUAUUGCUAGAGCAAAAAAUUUGAUAGAAAUAGAAGAAAUUGGUCAGCGUUUAAUUUCAGUUGAUAAAAGACAUGUUAUUCAAAAUAAUGGUCAAAAAACAUUAUUGCCAAUAGUGAAACAAGAACCAAAACGUGGUAGCGAGCUGUAUGUUGCAUUACCAAAAGCUUGUUUGGAAGGUUUUCUCUUUGCUAUUUUUUCACAGUUUGGAACUAUUCAUCAAAUUCGAUUAAUGAUGCAUUUCUCUGGUUCAAACCGAGGAUAUGGUUACGUAAUGAUGAGUAGCCCUAUGGAAGCUGAGAUGGCCCUAAUUAAACUGAAUGAACUGACACUUCCUGGUAUCAGAGGUCACUUAUUGGUGAGCAUGUCGACUGAUAAUAGGACAUUAUUUGCCAGGAACAUACCUAUGGAUUURUCGGAAGAACAAUUGCAAAUAGAAUUUGAAAAACGUGUAGAAGGGGUUAAGAAAGUGAGAGUUUUUAAUAACACAGAUGAUCCUAGCAAAAAUAGAGAGUUCUGUUUUGUAAUAUUCAAAGAUCAUAGAAGUGCGGCUUUAGCUCGCCGCUCAAUGGCAGAAAGUCCAUUUUUUAUAAAUGGAAUUUCAAUUAAGAUUCAAUGGGCAGAAUCUGAACCAGUAUUUCGACAUUCUGUUUUGAUUAGAAUGAAACAACUACAUAUUAGGAACAUGAAUGCCCAUACAACUGAAGAAGAUAUAUGGAAAAUUUUGUGUCAACAUGUUACACCAGAUAAUAUUGUAUUCAUCAAGAAAAAUAAUACAUGUGCCAGAAUAAAAUUCAUUUGUCACGAAUAUGCAGAUAUUGUACGGAAAAAUCUUGAUGGUAAAAGAGUUCAUGGUAUUAACUGGAUUGUGAUGUGGGACAAAAUAGAAGGAACAAAAUAUGAAUGUGAAGGAUAUUUUAAGAAUUUGAGUAUAUAAUCUUAAUAUUAAUUAUUUAUACUUUUAUAUAUAUAUCUUAUUAAUUAAUUUGUCAAUCCAAGAUUAUUUAAUCAAUACUGCAUCAAUAAUAAAAAUUUAAAUACUCAUGUAGUUAAUUUCUGGUUCCCUAAAUUUUAAAUUUAAUAACUG